AUGUGGCUCAUCUCAUUCUGGGUCUUCCCAGUCAUCUCCGCCUGCAUGUGGAUUUCCAUGCUGCUGGGGAUGCUUGGAACAUGGCUUGCAGAGGGGUCACCGGUUUAUCAUGACAGCAUGACGGAUGGACAAACAAUAGCGUACAUAUCUGAUGUUGGUGCGGAACGUCUGAAACCGCUCUUCAUUGCCGGUAGUGCCGUAACGGUCGUCUUCCUGGACCUUUCCUUUCUGUCAGAACGCUGGCUGCGGCAUGCCGGCCAGCUGGUGCGGAACAAGGGGCUCCUCGACAAGUCGUGUGCUAUCGGGUCGAUCUUCUUCUCCAUCGCGGGCGCGCUGGGCCUCAUCCUGCUCUCCAUCUUCGAUACGGUUCAUUACCCUCGUCUCCAUGAUGGAUUUCUCGUCAUGUUCAUUGGCGGAUAUCUCGUCAGCGCAAUCCUCGUCUGCAUCGAAUACUGGCGCCUCGGAUACAGCUACCGGCCGCACCACCGCGUCCUUCUCGUCAGCUUCUGGGUCAAGGUGGCCUUUAUCGUCAUCGAGCUCGCACUGGCCAUCGCCUUUGGUGUGCUCGACCAGUAUGGCACCACCAGCAAGCAACUCAACACCGCUGCUGUUUUAGAGUGGGUCAUCGCUCUCAUCUUCACUUUCUACGUCCUCUCCUUCGUCAUCGACCUGCUCCCCUCCGUGCGCACGCGCAACCACGUGCCCCAGGGCGAAAAGCGAUUCUCGAUGACCUCGCGCGAGAAUGGGGAAAGUCUCGAAGCCCCAGCAUAUACCGGCCAGCAUUUUUAG